AUUUUUACAACUCACACUCGCUCGACAACUUUAUUUUUGCAAGUUUCCGUCUGUUUGUGAAAUCUACUAUUUUUUCUCGUCAAAUUUCCAGACGAAGUUAUAAAACUUGUGCAAACCGAGUAAGAUUGAUUGUUGACAAAAUGUUGCGCAUUGCUGGUCGUAAAGGGUUGGACUUUACUACAAGAGCUGACCUCCCUUUGUCGAAAUGGGUCGGCAAACCUCAGCCCUGUCGCGGGAUGGCUACCCUGAAGAGUAUCUCGUUACGGCUCAAGUCGACGCGGAACAUGCAGAAGAUCACCCAGUCCAUGAAGAUGGUGUCGGCUGGCAAGUUUGCCAGGGCGGAGAGGGACCUUCGAGGCUCCCGACCCUUUGGCGAAGGGGCUCAGGCGUUCUACGAAAAGGCCGAAGUCGCCGCACCAGAGGAUGCCAAGAACAUGUUGUUUAUCGCAAUGUCGUCGGAUCGAGGUCUUUGUGGCGGGAUUCAUUCAUCAGUGGCGAAGAACAUUAAGAGCCAGCUACAAAAUUCUAAGAAUGCUAGCGAUGCUAAAAUCAUCUGUGUCGGAGAUAAGCUUCGAGGUCAACUGUAUCGUUUGUUCGGAAACAAUAUUCUUCUAACAUGCAAAGAGCUUGGUCGAUUGCCCCCACAAUUUGGGGAUGCUGCCAAAAUCGCUGCUGCGGUACUGGAUACUGGUUUUGAAUUUGACGCUGGAGGAAUAAUUUACAACAAGUUCAAAACAGUGGUGUCUUACUACUACUACUGUCUUACUACUACUACUACUGAGCUGCCAAUUUACAGUCUCCAAACGGUUUCUGCUGCUCCAAAACUUACGGUGUACGAUUCUCUGGAUGCCGACAUCAUCCAAUGCUAUUUGGAAUACUCACUUGUUGCUCAGCUCUACUAUACCAUGAAGGAAAAUGCAUGUUCGGAACAGAGUGCGAGAAUGACAGCAAUGGACAACGCUAGUAAGAACGCUGGCGAUAUGAUUGGCAAGUUGGAGUUGCAGUUCAACCGGACUCGUCAAGCAGCUAUUACAAGGGAAUUAAUUGAGAUCAUUUCAGGGGCCUCUGCUAUCUAAAGAAGUCGUCCAAAAUCAAUUUCAUAGUUUUACAUCAAUGAGGUCUGAAUAUUCAAAUUAAUAUUAACAAAAACUGCACUGUCAUUAUUAUUGGUAUUUUCUUAAAGUUACAAAGCAAAUUGGAGUAUAAAUGUGCACACAG